UUAUCUUCCAUUAUACUUCUUUAUGGUAUCAAGAGCCUCCCUCUAACGAGCUUCAUUUUUUUCCCGAUCCAAUCAUGUCGAUUAUCACUCCUACCACGCCGGUCGUCUCCCUCACGGCUUCCACCCACUUCCCUAUCAAACUCACUACAUCAAACUAUCCCGUUUGGAAGUGUCAAGUUCACUCCGCUCUCGUGGGUCUCGGCCUCGACGGAUAUGUGGACGGUUCCCUUGCAGCACCGGCCAAAUACGUGGAUGCUGCCAAAACAGAGCUAAACCCAUGUUACUCUAUUUGGUAUCGUCAAGAUCGUACUAUUAUCAGUGCAUUACUCGGGAGUUGCGGCGAUGUUAUUCAGCCCCUGAUCUCGUCUGCUACGACGGCAAAACAGGCCUGGGAUAAGCUCUCGCUUACAUACGCGAGCACAUCCCGCGGCAGGAUUAUCUCACUCAAAACGGCUCUCUCUCGAACUACCAAAGGAGGCCGAUCUAUCACCGAAUAUGUUGCUGAGAUGUAUGCCAUCUCCGAGGCGCUGGCCCUCGCUCAAAACCCCAUCCCGGAGGAAGAUUUGGUGAUCAACAUUCUUAACAGUCUAGGUUCUGAUUACGGUGAAUUAAGAUCCGCAAUUCGGGUUCGCAAUACUCCACUCCCGCUGGCAGAAUUACAGGAUAUUCUCCUGGAGCACGAGCAAAAGCUUCAAGAAGCAGGUAUGUCGGCGCAGCAGCUUGUACCUACAGCCCACUACACACAGGCUACUGGUCGCGUGGGUGAUUCAUCCAUGCCCGCUGACCGCCGUCACAUGCAGACUGCUGAUCGUCGUGGCCAUCAUGCCCGUCGUGGUCGUGGUGGACAUCCUCCCGGCCAGUACCGGAACUCUUCCUCCAAUGGAGUCAUGUGUCAUUUCUGUAAUUACUCCGGCCAUGAGGUAAAACAGUGCCGAAAAUUACAGCGUUUUUUGCGUGAAAAUCAAAUCACUACUUCAUUGGGUUCUGGCACUCCGGCAAUUCAUAACACGAUGGUCACUCCUAUGACUAAUAGUCAACAAUGGCUAUUUGACAGUGGGGCCUCACAUCAUAUUACCUCGGAUAAUUCAAAUCUUCCGAACUAUACUGAUUAUGGAGGCCCGGACGAGGUUCAUCUUGGUGACGGAUCAGGUAACGGGGGCGGUGCUCAUGCGCGGGGAGAACAUCCAUGAUGUCUACUAUGUUCAGUCACCAAAGUCUCCACAAGUCAAUCUUUCUCGGGUCUUUAUUCCGUCUCAAUGGCAUCACACAUUUGGUCAUCCGUCACGUCGUAUUUUUGAUAUGUUAAUUCAUCAAAAUAAAAAUGUUAUUCCAUGUAACAUUAAGCUUAUUGAGUCUCAUUGUUCGUCUUGUCAUAUUAAUAAAAGCACUAAACUGCCGUUUUCUGUUAAUACUAUGCAA